AAGGCGUUGAGGCUCUGCACUUGGCAAGGGAGAGGAUGACUAGAAGUAAGGAGGGCUAAGGGAAUUCCAUUUGGUGGCCCUUGCUUCUUUGGACCUGGGACUUGCGGUGCGCACCCUCAUCCUGCCUGAGUGCUGCGCCUUUAAGGUCCACUGGGGGCGUGAUGUCAGCGGCCCGGGAGCACUUGCAGAGGUGAGCCUGCAGCCUGCGCAGCGGGUGACUUGGACACCGGGUUAGGAGUAAGACCCGCAGAGGGCUCCAGACUCCCACUUUGAUCAGAGCACUUGGCCCCCAAGGGCCAUGUCUUGCAGGCACUGAGUGAGCACUGCCCUGGCUCUGGGAGGACGAGCGGCGAUACAGCAGCCAUGAGCAGCUUCCAGCUGGAAGACUUUGCCGCGGGCUGGAUCGGAGGUGCAGCCAGUGUCAUUGUUGGCCACCCUUUGGACACAGUCAAGACUCGCCUGCAGGCUGGCGUGGGCUACGGGAACACCUUCAGCUGCAUCCGCACCAUGUACAAGAGAGAGAGUGUGUUCGGCUUCUUCAAGGGCAUGUCCUUCCCCCUGGCCAGCAUCGCUGUCUACAACUCAGUGGUGUUUGGGGUCUUCAGUAACACACAGCGGUUCCUCAGCCAACACCGCUGCGGGGAGCCCGAGACCAGUCCUCGCCACAGCCUGUCUGACCUGCUCCUAGCCAGCAUGGUGGCUGGCAUGGUCUCUGUUGGGCUGGGCGGGCCCGUGGACCUCAUCAAGAUCCGGCUGCAGAUGCAAACACAGCCAUUUCGGGAAGCCAACCUCAGUGUGAAGUCCAGGGCAGCAGCUCUUGGGGAGCAGCCAGCCUACCAGGGACCGGUGCACUCCAUACUCAUCUCUUUGCUGCAACUUGACCAUGCCCUGUUCUCCCCCUUUGAUGAGAGUCAUUUCAACGGAGAGAAGGGAGCAAUUUCCUGGGGGACAGCAACUCCUAUGGAUGUCGUGAAAAGCCGACUCCAAGCUGAUGGGGUUUAUUUAAACAAAUACAAAGGCGUCCUGGACUGCAUCUCCCAGAGUUACCAGCAAGAAGGUCUCAAAGUAAGUCCCAGUCCUGUGCCAGUNNNNGCUGUGCGAGGCUUCCCCAUGAGCGCCGCCAUGUUCCUUGGGUAUGAGCUCUCGCUGCAGGCCCUGCGCGGGGACCAGGCUGUGACGAGCCCGUGAGGGCCAGGUCAUUGUGCUUCCCUCCCAGCCAGUUGACUGGUGUCAUCUGACCAGGGUCUCAUUCCACUGCAUGUUGGGACUGGCAGCAUCUGCCAAACCAGCAAGAGUAAAUUUACUGGAGAGAAAUCAGGACCCUGGCCAUGCAGGCUCUGUGCCAGUUGGGCCUCCAGCCAGUGCACUGGCCUCGAGAUGCCUUCCUUCAUGACUACAGGCUCUCUGCCCCUCACCCCAGCCUGGAGCCCUAAGCUGUUGCUUUGGAAGAAACCAAUGGACCAUGGACCAAGCAGUGACCAUCUAUAUCAGCUCCAGAUCAGUGCAUGGUAAAAAGUCAGGGCCAAAUAAACCCUGCCCUCGCGACUGUCAUAAACUCAUUGGGGAUUCACAUGGAGGAGCUGGAAUUGACUCUAGGUUUUCAAAUAAAAGCAUUAAAAACCUCUU